ACUUUCCUCAACGUCAUGCCAAGCCACCAAUGAGAUUCAAACAAAGUCUUCCCAGCAUUCCGUGCGUGUGGUCUGGUCGCGUUAUGGCGUAACGGCAAAUUCGAAAUCCGUCGAAAUGUCAGCAACUCUAGGCGUUAAUUUAAGGGUUACAUGUCAUGGAUCUCGAGGAGAUAGGAAGUACAUGGAAGAUUUCUUCGUUCUGAAUUAUGAACCGUCAGAAGAUGAGCACAAGUUGGAGUACGCUUUCUUUGGUAUAUUCGAUGGCCACGGUGGUAAGGAAGCUGCCCUCUUUGCCAAGGAACAUUUAAUGAAAUUUAUUGUGGCCGACAAAAGAUUUUGGUCCGAGGAAGAUGAUGAUGUUCUGCAAGCCAUCACCAACGGUUUUCUUCAAACGCAUCAUGCUAUGUGGCAAGAUCAAGUGAACUGGCCCAAAACAUCUUCCGGAUUGCCUAGCACAUCAGGAACCACAGCAUCCAUUGCUUUUAUUCGUCGAGGAAAAAUUUACAUUGGUCAUGUGGGCGACUCAUCCAUUGUUCUUGGGUAUCAGAAAGAAGGCCAAACAGAAUGGACUGGGAAGGCAUUAACCAAGGAUCACAAACCAGAAGAUGCCCACGAAGUUGCUCGCAUUGAGAGUUGUGGUGGCAAAGUUGUUGCCAAAUCGGGUGUUCCACGAGUUGUGUGGAAUAGGCCUCGUCUAGGGCACAAGGGGCCUGUUCGACGUUCUACUCCGAUUGAUGAGAUUCCAUUUUUAGCAGUUGCUCGCUCUUUAGGGGACCUGUGGAGUUAUAAUUCUGAUACGGAUGAGUUUGUAGUGUCACCACACCCGGAUGUUCAUGUAAUAGAAAUUGAUGUUGAAUCACACCGUUGCCUAAUAUUUGGCACUGAUGGACUAUGGAACAUGCUCAAUCCUCAAGACGGAGUUCACAUUGUGCAUGCUGCUGAGCAACACAAUGAGAAAAAUGUUUAUUUCUCUGGCCAACCAGCUACAGCAAAGAAUCAAAUGUGGGUAAACCCAUCAAAGAGCUUAGUCGACAAAGCUCUCCGUCGCUGGGGAAAUUUUGGUGCUCGUGCUGACAAUACUAGUGCUGUGACACUAUUGUUGGACCCUCCUGGAGUUCAAAGACGAGCAGGGGACAGAUUAAGUGCGCCUCAACCAGUUCUGCAUUCUGUUGCUCAGAAGAGCACGCCACCUGUAAGUGAUACAGAACCACUUCCCUCACACUCUACAACCCCUCCCUCCUGUUCAAGAGUUACAAUAUUUACGAGACCUACAUCAGUUGAGCAAGUCCCUGCUACCAACAUUCCUCAAUCACCAAACAAUGAGGCAUCUAAUACUUCUGAAGCAAAUAGGGUGUGUGAGGGUGGCAACUCUCCAGAACCAACUCCAGCUACCACAUGUCAACCGUCUGAAUCCCAUGAUCAAACUUCAUGCAGAACACCGCAGCCACCUUCAUCUGUUGACGUGUUGAAACCUCAACUUGACUUGGGUUUUCCCUUACCUAUGCCCUUAAAAGAAAAUUGCUCUGAUAAUGAGGAAUCCACAAACACAGAUUUAAAAACAACUUUAACAGAGAAACAUUCUGAACCUCUGAAACCUCUCCCUGAUGCGACUACUCCUUCUAAAGACGAGAAGGUCGAAGUAGGGAUAAAAAGUGAACAUUCUUUUCGCAAGCAAGACACCUGUGUGAGUCAAAAUAAACCCCAAGAUUUACCUGGUGUGAAAGAGGCCCCUCAGCAACUUCCAGAGUCUCUUCAAAGACACUCAUUAAAAAGGUUGCGGGGAAGAACUGUAAUUGGUUAUGACACUAGUAGCCACAAUGUUUUUGGUGUGAUGAAAUCACCUUGUGCAUCAGGUGAUGGUGGGAUUGUAAGAAGGCGGCACAGCAGUGUUUUAGAUUCUAGGACUGGUUCUCUAGCAGCAGGGCUAGUAAGUCAAAGCCUAGGAUUCAAUUCUGCCUAUGGGCCAGGCUAUCAACUGGGUUCCAAGCGCCGCACCCGUUCAGAAGAUAAACUUCUUCAAGCAGUUGGACGACUAGAAGAUGACCUGCGAACCAGCGAUGAGGAAAACAAGAAGACAGGUUGGGCAGUUCAUUGUGUCAACCGGUUGAGACCUUCAGAUGAAGGAUCUGAAGAAAAUAAUGCACAUAGCUGUUCUACCCGAAGGAAAAAGAAAUGGAUCCGUUGCAGUGGUAAUGCUAUUGGAAGAGUCAAGCAAGCAAGACCAUCUGUAUCAAUACGUUCAAACUCCAAUUUUGUUAGCGGUUGUGAUGUUGCAUUGAGCAGAGAUUGUUCUAGUGAACAUAGUAGCUCACGAGUUUUGAGAUCCGACACUCAUUCUGCAAUGCCAGUGCACACCCUUCGUUCUCAAAAUGUCGACCUGAAAGCAUCUAGACUUUCUAUUCAUACCCCUACAAAGUUUACUCCCAAGCGAGCUGUACAGCUGAAAGCUGCCUUAGAAAUGACAUCAUUUGCAGCCGGUUCUAGCAGUCUCCUCCCAACUACAAAAAUUCUCGUUGCAUCAUCUAGCUUAUCUAAGCGACAUCGUCAAUCGUUUUGUGGGCGCACGCGAUCCGUCACAACGCGGAGUAGAGUGAAGAGGUUAAGUAAAUAGUGUGCUACAAGGAGACAUUGGUGCCAAGAAGAAAUUGUGAAUGUAAUGUCAUUUUUAUUGUUAGUGUCUUAAGGUAAUUUUAAAUUUUGUUAUUGAGUGCUGGAGUUGAUGCCUGGAUUUUCAGGCAAAUACCUAAGUUAAAAAUUUGACCAAAUAAUUUUGGAAAUUGCCUAUGGUGAAAAAGGCAUAGAACUAGUCUCUUGGAAUGAAUGUUUUAAUUUGUUUUACAUGUGGAAUUUGCUACAUUCAUUUCUGAUCUUUUGUAUUUUUAAAUUCAUUUUUCACUCCAUUUUUAAGUUUUUGUGGUAUCAGUGUACCACGCACCUUUAUUACUGCCAGUUAAUAAUAACUUUCAUAAUCAUAUUUGUGAAAAAUGUGUGGGUAAUGGGGUGUGAUAUGUACUAUGCACCAAGCUUUUUAUUUUAAGAUUAAGAUUACCUAUAAUCAGUUUUCAUCAUUUUCUUUUCUGUGAGAUAAAAUCCUACAGUCUUGUUAAUUUCGAGUGAUUAGGGGUUGGAACCCUGUGACCAAUACCUCACUGUUCAGAAUUAAUUUAUUAAUGUCAAAAUUUAUCUUCUCUGUUCUGAGGCUUUUCCAAAAUCAAAAUUCAGUGGUUCCAUCCUUACAAAGCUAUGUUCAUCAUACUCAGUCCAGGAUUGAGUUGAUAUUCGAAUUUUAAAUAAUGGCAAUGUCUAGUUACUGUUAGGCAUUGUUAACUUAUUGAAGCUACUUAAUUUGAGAGUGAAUUUAUGGGACCAGCUAUAUGUCGUUUGUUAAGCUGCUUAGAUUUCUUAUAAUCUAACUUUUAGUCAUGUAAACCUACCUUUGGUUUUCAAAAUUAUAAGAGUAGUCUUCUUUUAUUAUUGAUGUGCUUGUUUAUGUGUGGACCAAAUUUUUAACAUGCCGACAUAGCAGUACAACAUAUGAUGACUGAUAUAAAAAGAUAUUUUUUCAUCCUUAGAGUAAUUUCUAUCCUUUACAUGGGCCUUCUUUGUGACUGAUGCUUCACAGUAAAUUCAUUAUGAAUCCCAAUUAUCCUGAUUGUUAUGUUGAUUGAUGCACAACAAAAAAUCUAAUGCAUUAAAUUGUACCUAUAUUGCAAUUUGAAGGAAGGAGAAUUGUCCUCUCCUGUGAUAGACGGUUAUUGGAUUUGCUUAGUUGCUGAUUUUCUUAUUUGAGGGUCUAAGGAAUGUGAACAUCCUAUAUUGCAGGAGGGCUGGAUCCCAGGAUAUAUUUAUUACCAAGAAUUUCAAUAGUAUCUACCUAUAGACUGUUUGGCAGUCUCAAUUUGAGUCUGACUUUUUUCUCAUAGUGAACAGUGUAGUGAAUUUAUUGCCUUUUAAUGUGUCUUUGAUUGUAAUUCCAGGCGAAAGGCACAAAGACAGUUACUGUGGCAUUUAUUUUGCCUUUUUUGGGAAGUGUUCUCUCUAUAGAGCUUGAUACUUUCUCAUCACUAAGCACUUAAAUACUUCUGACUGAGAUACAUGCCUACGUUUGAGGCAUUGAAUAAUUUUCUGUGAAUGAAUAGUCUCUUUUAUUACUCUCUAGUAAUUUGCAAAAUUUGUCUUCACAGCUUGUUUGCGAGUUAUUUACACUGUGAGAAUAGUUUUUUUAAAUUAUUUAUGGCACAUAUAUAUACAUCUGGACCUUCUACCUAUUCUAACUGCUCAGAUUAAAGAUCUCAUCUGUUAUUUUUGAGGUACAUAAAUGUGACAAUCAACUUUGUUGGCACUUGUUGCCAGUAGGGUUCUAUGCAGAGAAAUGCAUAAGGUCUUAAAGGUGACUUUUGGCCAAAGUUUUCCUUUUGUUAGUGUUUCAAUUAAUCACAUUGAACAUAAUUAUGAAAUCAGAAAUCUAUAUAUAAUAGAAUAUAUAUAUUGCCAGUAAAUGAUUGUGUACAGGUUGUUACUAUAUGUAUAUCAUAACUUAAAUAAAGCUAUAUGUUUGUAUGGUCUAAA